ACUAUUAUUCGGAUUUCUCUGCACUGCUGCCUUGGGUACCCACCCACUGCAUGCAGCUCAGUCACGACGCGACGCGACGUGCUGUUGAGUGUUGUUGAUGUUGCUGUUGUUGAAUCCUAGUCCUCUGUGCUGAAUACAUCUACCCUCUCUGACUGACCUCUCUUACAAUACAUACUAAGCUACAUACCGGUAUACCAUUUUGUGCAGGAUCUCUCUGCUGAUCUCCGAAGCUAACGGAGGAAGAAGAAGAAGAAGAAAGUUGAUGUCCGUCUGACGUACUCUGACUCUGAGUCUGAGUCUGACUGAGUAUGAGUCUAUUAUGAGUCCGAGUCACAGUUGUCUACGUCUGUCGGUCUGAGCUAAAAAGUGAGAACUGAGAUCGUUACAACUGCCAAAAAAGGAGAGCGUCAUGGGUUCUCAGGAAGAAAGCCAUAUUAUAGAAAUCAUCGUUUCCCAUGGGCCACAUAAACAUUCUUUGAAUCUUGGAACUAAGGCUACCAUCGGUGAUCUUGGUAUGAAACUGGAAGAAUUAACUGGAGUUCCUGUUGCUGGUCAGAAGAUCAUUAAUAGAGGUAGAACUCUUGCAAACCAUGACCAGCCGGUAACAGAAGCUGGUAUCAAGCAUGGAAGCAAGCUUAUGCUCAUCGGUAAAAAGUUCAAUCCAGAGGAGGAUGAUAACUACAAGCAGAUUGUUGAGGUGGAGAAAAGGAUUGUAGCAUUAGCAAAGAAACAGAUUGAAAUAUCAGAAGAAAUAACCGGUGUGGAAAAUGGUUAUCUACAGAAGGAUUUAGAAAAAGAUUCUUUGUCCAGGCUGGGUAAGAGAUUAGCAUCUUGUCAUGAGGAGUAUGUGCGAUUUCUUGAGAAGUUAGAUUCCUUGGAUCUAGGUACAUGUAACCAAUCAAUACGCAGGAAGAGAAAAGAUGUCAUUAAAGAUAUUCAGAGUCAACUAGACUCCAAUGAUUCCUUGAGUUCAACCAUUGACAAACUACAAAACACCAGUAACAGCUGAUCUACACUAAUGGGUCUACAUAUCAAGUGAAUCCAAGAUUACCCAAAGAGAGUUGGUCUUUAUGAGAAGGUGGUCCUUCAUAGGUUCUUUCUAUUCAUGUUUAAAUGGAAGGAAUCAUUAAAUGUGGUCCUUCUAAACAUAUGGUCACUAAAUCAGGUUUAUCUGUAUAUUCUCAGGCUGCAUCAUAUUUUAUGUGUUUAUAUCUCAAGGAGGAGAAUGUCAGGUGAUCUUGUCAUGUGAUCAGUCAUAUGACAGUCUUGUUAUGAUCUUAUGGAUGAGUAAACCCAAGUGCAUAUUAGUCUGUAAUUCAGAUACCUUCUCUAAAAUUAGCAAAAAUUUUGCUCCAAAGGCACUAUGUCCAUAUUUGAGAACAGUUUCCUUGCAUUACCCAUUGGUUUUGUAAACAUUGAAUAAUGAUAAAGAUAAUGUGAUGGCCAUGGAUCGCGGUUUUGGCUGGCACAGUUUGAUUAUCCUUGUAUUCUGCUACCUGGAAUAAUGGAUUCAAGAUGAGAUUGGAGUGUCCUCCACAGAUUACAUUGCAUCUUGAAAAUUAGAUCAUCUGAGCAUAAAUGAACAUUGAAUUUCCCAUUAGAUCUUGCUUUGUAUGGCAUGGCAAGUUUAGUCAGUAAUUUUAAUUGCAUUGUGAUUCCAAAACAUCAAAACUUCUUCUUCUUCUGGAAACAGUACAGUCCACCGUCUGGUGUAUUGUCGUACUGGUAAAGUGCAGCGUGCAAGUGUAUGUACAUUAUUCGAUAAAGAAAUUGCUUACAGCGUGCAAGUAAAAACAACCACCGUUAUUAACGGAGCUGGGUCUUUUGUACCUCUUGUUUAAAGAUGUGUAGAGAGGUACAAUUAACUGUGCUGUUGGGGAGGGAGUUCCAAAGUCUUAUGUCAACUUUUGUCAACAUGAUCCAUUCCAGCCUUGAACUUUGAUUGUUACCCUUGUGUUUCCACCAAAUAUUGCUACCCACAAAAUUAUUAAGGCAUCACCGAGAAUCACUCAUUCUCAUAAAUAUGUUUUUGUACGUUGUGACAAUGUUUUACUUAUGUAGACUAUGUAUGUUUUUUCAUGUUUUUAUUGAGAGUGUAAAUAAAUUGAAUUGAAAUUGAA